AUGUUUGUCAUUCCUUUUAGCGAUGAAGAGGCGUGCGGCAGAUGCCUCUACUGCAGUCCAGGGCAAUUCCUAUGCGCAGAUCAUAUCAGUUUAGUUCAUGCAGGAGGUAGAUCACUUCACCACCCGGAAGUUUGGAGGGUGAAUUGAAGAUCCAUAGAGCACAAUCUCCUCCAGUCACCUUUUCAGUUAUGUUGUGAAACCCGAUUUCAUGUGUACUCUGGCCGUUAGGCAAUUUCGUUUGUAAGGACGUUGUCUUGUGGUUUAAUUGCACAGACAUCCAUCUUUUUUUUCUGUAUAUAUCACCACUAUUCAAUAACUUCACUUGAUGAAGUUGUUUUCUUAACUUCCAUGUGCAUUAUGUCAGUAAGACCUGACCCAUUUUUAUACCGAGGAAAAAGCGAAAGCAGUAAGCAUAAUUUUUUUCUUGCAAGCAUACAUGUAAUUUGCUCUGUACUCAGAACAAAGUAAAGUUUAUUUUUGGCAAUUUUGAAGGAGUUGCCUGAUUUAAGGGGUGUGUGAUUUGUAGUCACCUGAUUCAUGUAGGAUAUUAUAUGCUCCUUGGAUGGAAGAUUCGUCCCAUAUCAGUUUGGUGGGUGUGUAUGGACUACACCUCACAACAUAGAUCAUGAAUAUGUGCGUGAAAUUAUAGCUGUUGGUUUACAUGGUAAGUAACUAACAGCAGUACAAUAUUUAACUAUAUUGUGAGAUAGGUUGCCAAACUGCAAUUACCAGUACCACUUUUUACUUAUACUUAUAUUUAAAUAGUUAGGUUACCUCUUCCAGGUAGGUCUUUGUUUCUGUUUUGAUUGCUUUUUUCAAUACAGAGAGGAAUCAAUUAACAAAUAUUAUGGAAGAAUAAAACUAUGGACACACUAUGGUGUUUGUCUUUGUACAGGGCAGCAGCAUCCCAUCAAAAUCAAAUGUUGCGAGCAUGAACCAGAAACCAUAACACUGGUCAGGAACGGUUUCUGGCCAUCUACUCCAAAACAAUCCCAGGUAGCCUUUGACUAUGGAUUUAUGUUCCGAUACAUUUCCUUAGAAUGUAGAGUAUCUUUAAAGUCAAUAUGUCAGGCACUGCAGUGGCUAGUCCCACCUGCUUCCAAGGUUUACGUAAGUAUUCAUCCAGUAAUUUUUUACCUUAUGCUCAUGAAUGUAAUUUUUUUCUUAAUUUACACAAUAAAUAAAUUAUUUGUUUUCCUUUAGAUUAAGGACAUCUGCCGGCUCCUUGUUGGAGAUUGUUUCUGCAAGUUCCGGUAUAUGUCUAGCAUGUCGAGUAAUCUGAAGCAUUUCAAUCCUUCUAAUGAAAAUGAUUAUGAAUGUCCUGCAUGUCCUACGGUUUGUGAUGAGUCAUCAUUCAGAUGAAAUGUCUAAGUGGGUAAUACUUACUUUGGGAAUCUGGAAUAACUAUCAUUAUAUAUGUUGGCAUAUGAAUGAUAUAAUUUAGACAAGAAACAUCAUUUUGAAUCUUUAUGAUUCUCUCUUUUUCCCAGUGGUCCUCUAUAGCGUGGCAGCUGGUCUUAGCAUGAAUUAUUCCAUUGUUUUUCAUUCAUUUAGGCUAAAAAAAUAUUUAAACAUGACAUUUCUUAUAAGAUUUUGGCAUCUGAUUGUAGGAGAAGGGAAGUUUAUUUAUCUCUAUUGAUGCAUUGUUUGGAUGUGUCCGGAAAUGCAGUGCUGGAAAGUCCUCAGUGGAAAGUCCUCAAAUCAUGGAGAGGAACUAUUCAUUAGCCAAAAAAAGUGGAUGCAUUUCUAG